GCAAGGGCCUUGGAGAUACGUCUGACACAGAGCAGUGUAGACAAGCUCGAUGCCGAGGGCUUGAACACAAUGGCAAUCUUUGCAUUUUCCUGCAACUUUGCGCCAGGCAGCCCAGAUGAAAAGCCUCUAACAGACUUGGUGACGCAAGUACUGGGGGCCGCGCCCAGCACCAAAGAGAUGUCACGCAUGCGUCGCCUCUUUGCCGAGGCGUACGCAACAGUAGCCUCAGACAUCAAGUCACAAGUUGAAGGUUCUGAUGAUACGGCUGUGAAGAAGCUAGCUCCAGCAGACAGAGCUCAACGGCUUGCAGAUCAGCAAGCCCGCUUGAAGGGAUUGCAGCUCCGCGGGCAGCACGAGCCAGGCGAUUCCCAUGUAGACAAAGCCGUUGCCAUUUAUGAGAGCGAUAGGCUCUUGUAUCAGGAAUGGAGCACAUGCGUCUCUCGUGAACAUGAGUUGGCAACAGGGUUGAAGAAGGACACAGGGCUCAGUUUUGACGCAUCAGGAACCCUGAAACUCGCCAGCAAGCAGCACGCAACUCCGUGUGACACUAGCAGUGAGAUGAUGGUGCGUUAUUGUCUUGUUCGAAGGAGGCUUGCGUUGGAGCAAGCCAAUGUCCUGAGUUAUGAAAACCACGACUUGCUGGUGGAAAAGCUUUCCCAAUACCGUUUGCAGGAGCCCCCGCCACGGUUUUCCAGAGUGUCCAUGCAGCAGAUGCAAGCGGCCGACAGGAAGUUCUUUGUGCUGCUCGCAGAGGCAACGCGAUCUGGCAUCAAGGCAUCAGCAGUAGGGUGGCCAUGUGACAAGGCCUUCCAGUCCUGUUUGACCAGCGCAGAGUUUCUCACCAUUUUGCAGCACAAGCCCUUCGCUGUGUACAAUGAUGAUGGGCGUGAGCCGCCGCUGAAGCGCCCUCGUGUCGAGGGCGCAGUCAAUGUGACCUGCGCGGAUGUUGCGCGUGCGUCAGGGGGUGACGUGCGUGACCUGGCGCACCAGCUCAAUGCAGAGCUAGAGGCGCCCGGUCUGGUGUGCCUAUCGGCCUCUCAUGUGGAGGGCCAUGCAAAUGAUAAAGAUGUACCGCGUGACGAGGGGCACGUACAUGCCCAGCGUCAGCACAGCUCUCAUGUCGAGAGCCAUGAUCAUGAGAUGCCUAAGCCUGUUGCAGUGGGGCAACAGGGGACGGCCAAUGUUCCUCGUGUUUUUGGGGAGUUCCUGCCCCAUUCUGUCCUGCUGCAGCCAAUGGCAGAAGAUCAACAAGCUGCAGCAGGUCUCAGUUCCAGCGAUGCCACCAAGGCGACCGACGCGGACGCCAGCCCUGCUUGGGGCCCAGUGCCGGAGACCCAAGUUGUCGUAGCGCCAGGGUGUGCUCAGAAUGCGCCUCCCAUGCAGGGGAUUGGCCUCUUUGCAUGGAAAUUUGCGCUGGAUCUGCAACUCUUAGUGACGUGGCUAGGGUUGCGUUUGUUCACAUGGCUCCUGCAUGUGGAACGUGCAGCAAAGCAAGGGGCAUACCAUUGCCUGAUGACAGCCCGGGACCACGGGAUGUGUCCAGGUUGUGAGCAUCAUGAGUCCUGGGGCUACAACCCAGACAAGGGCGCUUUCCACACGCGUGAUGAAGCGGCCUACCCCUUGGCCAUGUGUGAGGCAAUCUGCGACGUGGCUGAGGCAUCUCUAGGCGCACGUGGCAUGAGGAUGUCCGGCAGCAGACCUUCCACAGCGCGUGCCAUGAAACAAGAGCGGGGGCGGCUUCGCCCACAAAUCGUGUCCGAGUACAGCCAUGUCGUGUCUUAUCUGCUGCCUGGCGUGCCACCUUUGGAUAGCAAGCAGUGUGUUUGUCAACCUGCGCGGGUGGCCAAAUCGUUGUGGCACCCGUUUGACACAAUGGUGCAGUUGCCAGACCUCCUCCUGAGAGCCAUCUUUGAACAACUGACGCUCUCUCCUCUGGAGUUAUCAAAAGUAAGGCUGGAGCGGAUUAGCAAGUGGAGGAAAUGGUCCACAGAGCUGCAGCUAGAAGAACAACAGGCCAGGGCAAGGAUGCACCCGAAUGUCCGGAAGAUCCUUGGACGAAAGCGCACUGUCCUGCUCGAGCGCAUUGCCGAGUCCCUCGAGUGGCCUGACAGAAGUUUGUGCGAAGAGCUGCGUUCUGGAUUCAGACUGGUUGGCAACGCCACGCCAUCUAAUGUAUUUAGGCCUGGAGUCACGGUUGCCAACCUCAGCGAGCAAGACCUCAUGGAGCAGUCGCGUUACCUCAGACCGGCCAUCCUGUCGAGAGUUGCUGCAGAACCUGAAGGCCCCCACUGCCGCGAGCUGCUUGAGAUCACGCGGAAGGAGGCUACGGACAAGGGGUGGCUGGAUGGCCCCCACACUGUCGAGGACGUGUUUGCCCAGCAUCACACGUGGCUGCCUGUCAGAAGGUUCGGAGUCCAGCAAGGUGCCAAGCUGCGACCGAUCGAUGACUUUAAGGAGAACCGUGGACCUAACGGACAAAGACGCUGUGAGUCAAAAAAAAGUGUGAAUGAGGCGUACAGUUGCACUGAGCGCGUGGUGCUCCAAGCCAUGGACCACCUUUUGUGGUCGCUAAACAUCAUGACGCGCUUUUAUCGUGAAGGUGGCGUCGUGGACUUCACCCUGUCCACAGGAGAGCGGCUUACUGGGCCUGUGCAUGACCAAUGGAUGCAGCACGGAGCUAACCUGAGGGUCACCUCGCUGGACUUGCGUUCAGCGUAUAAGCAGCUCCCACUGCACCCGCUGGAUUACGACAAGUCGGUGAUCUGCAUCAAGUGCCCAGACACACGUGAAAUCGAGUGCUAUUUCAUGCUGACGCUACCCUUUGGUGCCAGAGCCAGUGUGCAUGAUUUCCUUCGCAUGGAGCUAUCGUAA